UUGCUUUAUCUGGGCCUAUCACUGAAAGCAUCAUUUGGGCCUAUACAGGCCCACUUGAAAUCGAACCGUUACCAGCGCGUUCCCGAGAGUUGUCCGUUGACAAUAAACUUUCCAUAUAUACAACUAAAUUUGGCGGGAGAUGUCUCAAAGCCUAACUUCUUUCUUCUUCAUCUUCCAUGUCCCUUUUUUUCCCCUGAGAAAAAGGAUCAAGUGUUAAAUUCCUUAGUCAAAAUGAAGCAACCUACGGAACCAUACAUGUGGGAGCUUCAAUCAGAUUGGUUCUCACCCACUCGCCUCCGUAGCAGUCCCAACACCCAAUACGAUUUUCCGGUUGAAACUUCUUUGCCUUAAUUCUUAUAACACACUUUUUUUUUCCUUCAGAAACUUUACUGCAUAUAAUUUGGUUGCUGAUUUAUGUUGCUUCUUGAUUGAAUUUCAAAAAAGGGCGAUCGGUUUAUACCAAAUAGGAGUUUGAUGGAUCUUGAUCAAGCCCACAGUUUGUUGACAAACAGGACCAAACCCCUUCACAAUUCGAAUUUCAGUGAAUCUUACCGGCGAAAAGUAGAGGACAAUUUGACUUUGGAUUCACAAGGUAAUCCGUUUAGGAUGUUGGUUUUCAGAGGAAGUCCAAAAUCUAGUCGGAGAUCAAUUCGCUGCGUCGAUGAGAUGCGGCGAGAUGAGGCCGAGGAACUGCAUAGUUGUAACAAGGAGUAUCAGAUUCGAAGUUUGCCAAAGGGAGAAGCCAGGAUUUUAGAUGCACCAAGAAUAGUAAAUGAUUUCUAUAUGAAUAUCAUGGAUUGGGGGAAGAACAACAUUCUUGCAGUGGCAUUGGGAUCAGAAUUAUACCUCUGGAACUCGAAGACUGUGAACGUAGAGAAGCUGUUGCAAGUUGGUGAGAAUGAUUAUCCUACAAGCGUAGCCUGGUCUAAUGAUGCCAAACUUUUGGCAGUUGGAUAUAUGAGCUCCAAACUUCAACUCUGGGAUCCUGAGACUUCCAAACUUGUUAGAAGCUUGGAUUAUCAUACCGACAGGAUAGCAACUGUUACAUGGAAUGCUCACAUUCUUACAUCCGGAAGUCAAGACAAGUCUAUCAUUAACCAUGAUGUAAGGGUAGCAAACAAAUUGGUUUCCCGAUUAGAGGCACACGAAGAAGAAGUUUGCGGUUUGAAAUGGUCAGAAGGUGGCAGAAUGUUGGCGAGUGGUGGCAAUGAAAAUCUCAUACACAUAUGGGAAUCCUCCAAAAUGAGCUCAUCACAUUUCUUGCACCGUUUCAAUGACCAUCGUGCUGCAGUGAAGGCUCUUGCGUGGUGCCCUUAUCAAUCCGAGUUGCUUGCAUCAGGAGGAGGCACCAGUGAUGGUAGUAUCAAGUUAUGGAAUGCGCAAAAGGGCACCUGCGUCAAGAGCAUAGAGACCAAGGCUCAGAUAUGUGGACUUGAAUGGAACAGGCAUCACAAGGAGCUACUGAGUGGACAUGGCUUUGGUAAUGGCGGGCUUGGUAAUCAGCUAUGUUUGUGGAGGUAUCCGUCCUUCACUAAAGUGGGAGACUUGAAGCGGCACAUGUCCAGAAUUCUCCAACUUUCGCAGGUUCGGUCAUACUACAACGAUGUUUUCUUAAAAUCUAGCUGGGAUUUCUAUGAAAAAUCAGAACUUGGAACUUACUUUCUUUUGCUGAUUUGUCUGCAGAGCCCGGAUGGAUUAACUGUGGUAUCAGCGGGUGCAGAUGAGACUCUUCGGUUUUGGGACAUGUUUGGACCACCUUGUGCUGACCAUGCAAAGCUUUCAGAUUUGGAUGGUCUUUUAUCUCUCAAGACUUCUGCUAUAAGAUAA